CACACCAAACCCUGGCCUUGGGAACGGAUACUCCGUACCAUGUAUUGAACUACUCUCUGUACGGAAUACUGACUGGGCUUAGACGCUGCCUGCGAUUCCAUCCAUUCACUAAAUCUCAAUCUGCCCUGCGAAUCCCAUCCCGAACUCUCUCGACUGACGGAUUGAUUGACUGACUGACUGCAGCCAUGUCCAACGAUACUCAGUCUUCCCUACCACUCCUCGCUUGACGACCGCUUGUUGCUCGCCUGAAUCCCUCCAACAACCCCUCCGGUGGCACCCUGUCGCUCCCUCAUAUGCUACGUCUGUCCCUCUGACUGGUCCUCGCACCGUUUCCCAACUUUCAAACCCUCGACGCCUCUAGAGGUUUGCUCUACGUACUGUCCUUACCGCUAUAUCCAUCCAUAUCGCCUCAUCCGAACUUUGACAAGUCCUUGUUCCACCCGCCGAGGUCAACAUCAGCCAGCCUUUACGAAUGUGCCCACCGUGUGGUGUAUCCGUACCAGAAUAUACACGACGGGGCCGACCUACGUCAGCUGAACUGGACGCAAAAGAAAAGCAGUCCCAGGUCUUUGGACCAGUGCACUACUGGGCAGAGGCACUCGCCACCUUCACAUCGGCAACACGGGCUCCAUCUGUCAACGCCUCCAAGAAUCGCCUGGGUCUUCCGAUGUUACAGCGAACGUGAAACAGGGCAUGGAUAUCCGUAGGACUUCCGCCGCCUCUGCGGCGCGGACACUUUCAUACAGACAACAGAAUCCCGCACCUGGCUCGGCUUCGCGGUCCAACUCCAAUACCUCAGAGGAGGACUUGCAUCGAGGUCAACAAGGCCUGAGGAUACCAGGCGCCCGCUUCGACGAGCCACCACCGCCACUGCCACCUCCACGAUAUAAUGAUGAGCUCGCGCAAGGCAUAGACGUGGCUUGGAGCUGGGGCAACAGCGACCCUUUCAACUCGAACCGGCGCCUUGCUCCCAUCAAGCCGGGCUCGAGCCUUCACGGCGGCUACAUGGAGGCCAGACGGAAUCCAGACCAUGCCCGUGAUCCUGACGACAUGGAUUUGGACGACGACUUCGCCCGCCGAGGAAGCACUGUCUCGACAGUUCGGUCGCCCUCCCAGGCCAAUAUACAACUACCAGGCCCGCAUGUGCCUCCUAUAAUCCGCAAGCAGUCAUCGCCAAACCCAGCAAAUCAAAGAUUACAAGGAGAUAUGCCACUGGCACAGCAGAAUUUCAACCUCUCCUCCCAGGCGUAUGACCAGAGGCUCCUGUCCAAGAUUGGAAAACCAACUUCGCCUCCUCGCCACUCUAGAAGAUCUGGUUCCGCCGAGUCAACCACAGCGUUUUCCCAAAAAUUAUCGCUCCAAACAAAGGACCCCAAUGUCCAAUUCCUCUCGGCCAAUGAGCUUCCACCGGCUUCUUUCGACCCGGUCUCUAGAUGGAUCGCCAGUCCUGCUUCUGCAGGUCUAUCACCCGGCUCAAGACCUGGAUGGCGUGAUUACAACGUGGACCAUCGAAGCCCUUCGAUGGACAGCGCUGCCGCUUCGAUAGUAUUGGACCCGGAACUUUUCGUGCAGCCUCGUCCCAGCGGUUUGCUGUCCAUAGGCAGCUCGCUCGCGGGCCCCGAUGACCUUGUGAGUAUUGGCAGCCGGUCUCAACGCGGCAGCUAUGAACAUGGCAUGUUUCCGGACACCGAGUCCGACAUUGCUGCUGAGGAAGGCAGUGGGAUCCGCAAUCUGCACUUGGGCGGCGACUCCCAGUGUUCUGGGGAACGACGCUCUUCUAAGCAAGGCAUGAAACGCCGGGCUCGCUCACCCCCAUCUGAUUUGGCUCGGGACGAAAAAUCCCCAUCACGUGGCAACUCAUCCACCGACUUGUUCCCAAAAUUCAACCUGCCUGCAUCUGGACGCUCCCCGGCAUCCAAAUAUCAGGCCAAGCAUGGAUCGGUGUCUUCGACGGCUUCAAGUGCACGACAAAAUUCAUAUGCAUCCUCAAUCUCACUUUCCAUUGCUGGGAGCAGCAUGACCAGCAUCUCCUCUUUCGACAAGCAGUCACCGCUAGACCCAGCACACCCUGCAUAUAUAACCUCGGCCCAUCCCGUAGUGAGCCCUGCCACGUCAAUCGCCUCUUCGCGACUACUUCCGCAGGUUACACUGGACACCAAAUCUAUUCACAGCGCCAUGUCUACCCAGAAUCCUGGAGGUGAGAACCGGCCACCGAUCAGUAUCCCACCGCUGAAUCGCGUUGGAAACUCCUUCAUAUGCGACUGCUGCCCCAAAAAGCCCAAAAAAUUCGAGACGGAAGACGACCUGCGGAACCAUCAGAUGGAGAAACAAUACACUUGCCAGUAUUGCAACAAUCGUUUCAAGAACAAAAACGAGGCAGAACGCCAUCAAAAUUCUCUCCAUCUACGUCGUUAUUCUUGGUCUUGCGCCGCUAUUCCAAACUUCAGAGGCGCCUUCCACCCCGUCUCAACCCCAACGAGCUCAAGCCCGGGAGGCUCUCAAUUCGAUGCAUGCGGCUAUUGUGGGGAGGAAUUUCCAAACUUGCCACAACCUAAUUGGGAACGUCGACUUGACCACCUCACCAGCGUGCACAAAUUUGGCGAAUGCAACCAAGCAAAGAAAUUCUACAGAGCCGAUCAUUUUCGACAACACUUGAAACACAGCCAUGCAGGACAAAGUGGGAAGUGGACCAACAUACUAGAGUCUGUUUGUCUUCGCGAAGAAUUGCCUCAAGACUCUGCUGGCAUUUCACCCACCGGCAGUGAACCCAGCCCGGGUCGUGGUCCCAGCAGCCUUCCUGAUCCACCGAUGGGGGGUGCAACCAUUAGUGAAUCUCGCAAUGAGACAUGAAGUAGCCUGUCCCUCCAGGGGGAGACGGCACGGCCUAAAACUUCAAUGUCCUCUGAUGAAGAGGGGGCAGGCGCUUGAGGUCAUGAUCGUUGUGUUAUCUACGGGUUGGCGGCAAGAUCCUAGUUGCAGAAAUUUGACCUGCUACAGCGUCUUAACAGUUCACUCAACCCCGCCAUGCCCUGUUUGGGUUUCCGCGCAAUGACAAAUGCCCGUGACUACUCCUAGUGGUGGUCCAUGCAAUUGGUUGCAGAGGAGACGAGCUGCUGAUCCAAGUCGUGUCGCUCUUCUCCCUUGCUUGUUGGCCAUGCCUACGCAGGCUUCAUUGUCACACCGUCUCGCACGUUCAAGCGGCUUGAAAUGGGCCGUUGCAGUACCAAACUCAUUUUUUGCAUGCACGACGAGGUUACCAUUCACAGUCACAAUGAUGCGUUACGCCACGGCAUUGGUACAUGUUUACGCGAGUUCAUUUGAGAGAAUGGAACAAUGGAACCUCACGUCAAGAUAGCCAAAAACUCGGCUAUCCGGAUUCUGGACCGCCUGACAUUUGCCUAACACUUCAGAGUUGAAGUCACAGAGUCAAGGUUUCUUCCGGAUAUUUCCAGCAUAUCCACACCUGCAGCACUCUCACAGCGGCACACUUCCGAUACAGACUGUCCUAUCAACGUCACAGGCAGGCGUCCGCUGGCUAAGAAGUACAAGGUUGGGGCUUUCUCGAGGCACACUGUUUUCUGGUAGUGGGUCUCGUAAGCCAUUCCUUUUUCCCCUCAUCCAGAACGUCUUCAAACGGAAACAGUGCGUCUCGGUACGACCCAUAUUCGCUGUCCCCCACGAUACCAAGAAAAUUGCGGCUCUACUGACAUCUAUUUUGUUUGUAUAAGUGUGUCUUGUGGCUGUGAAGACUGAAAUCUGACGCGGAUUACGUUGACAACAAAAGCAUUGAGAUUUACCUGUUGGAUUCAAGUUGACCUGCGAAGUCGUGAUGGUGUGGGAGUCACAGGUGGUUGAGUGUUUCUAGCGCCCGAGGAUCAUCGGUCAAAGAAGGUUGUAUCUAGGUCAAAGGAAGUCUGUUGAGUCCUGCAUGAGGAGGCCUAUUGGAUCAUGCCACGCCUGGAGGUGUCCCCGGUCUUCGACAACAAGCAGAGUACCAUUUAGCUCCUUGAGGCUUUCAUUCACCACAUUCAUGCAACCUUCAUUGGCCACGUCGUUCUUUGACUGCACCCUCUGUCUGCUCUCUCUCGGCUCAUGCUCAUGGGGCUCUUGCCAACUAACAAGCCACGGCAACGAUUUCGAUUGAAUGCUUACGACACAGAGCAGCCCGUCAACCCCUCAUCCGAUUUCCUUAGUGCUUAUCUUUCGGGCAUUCCGCGACCCCUUCCAGCGGGCGGGCCUCUGGAGACAUUGUUGGCAAAUUUGAUUCGACAGCCACGAGAUCGAUCAGCGAAAUAGGCAUGAAGCUCGAUCGAAAAAUGACCAGCAUGAAAUGAACUUGGUUGGGCUGACAUCACUGGAUGGACAAGGGAGUCAUCUUGUUGGAAGGAUUUUCGGCUCUGACCUACAAUUUCUGGUCAAGUAGAACGCCUCAUUAUUCCUGCCAAGCCUUGUUUGGUAAGUCUGUGAAAUCGAGAAACCGGGCCGCAAGUUUCAGGUUGUACCCGCGUACGAGUACGAUGACAUGGUCGGUCAUUUACCAGCACUUUCAGGGUCAUUCCGAAGUCGCCAGCAACUAGCCUUUUCGGCAAGCCUAUCCGAACACUCUGAAGGAAUAUACGAGAACUGGGAUGGUCUGUCGCGGCGUCAAUGUGCCUCUGUCUUGACGGUUUCAGCCCACCUACGUUGCAAUGUUACUUUGCAGCUUUUUUGGCCAUGUCGGUAAAUUGUCGAUCAUGGAAACCCUUGGCAAUGCCAGGCCAACAUUGUCACUUGCAGGGUGCUUCUGCAAGUCCGAGUACGAGUUGAAGGAACAGUCGGUCUGCAAUGUACUCGUGCCUCGACGAAUCACGGAAAAGGUGGGUUCGAAAUAUGGAUCAAAGAAGUCUCGUCGACUGGAUGAAGUAGAGAAUUGCAGAGUUGAAGGAUUCGCUGCAACGUCCCGGUCUUGUGUGAACAAGUCCACCAUGGUCAACCUUUGUGCUGGCACGAGUGCGAGUACGGGCACUAUGAGUGUUGACGAGUGUGGUGUGAGUACCUUGCGAAUGGAACUAGCAGCCUUCCUUUUCUUGUAAAGGGCAAAUGCGAGUGUAGACCGCAAAGAAGUUCAUUGAGACUAUUGUUCAAAAAGAUG